AUGCUCUCAGUACUCUCCCUCUCACCAAGCUUCAACACCUAUUCUUCCAACAAACUCGCAGACAUCGCAGCCAGAGUUGUAGAAGAGUUCAGAGCUGAAUCAAACUCGGAUUUUGAUUAUUUAUUCGACUCAACAAAUGAUGAAACAGGAAACGAUAGAGCUCUGGAAGAAAAUCUACCACAAGUACUUAAAGAAGAAGAGGAAGAAGAGAAACAACAGAGGAAGAGUACUGACGAGGUUGAACUUGAAGAAGAUGAAGACGAGUAUGAUGAUGAGUUUGAGUUUGCUUUUGUUACCGCAGAAUCUGACUCGUCGACGAUUNACCUUGAAGAAGAUGAAGACGAGUAUGAUGAUGAUGAGUUUGAGUUUGCUUUUGUUACCGCAGAAUCUGACUCGUCGACGAUUUCAGCGGAUGAGAUCUUCUAUAACGGUCAGAUUCGACCGAUGUUUCCAAUUUUCAACAGAGAUUUGUUAUUAGGUGAUCUUGAAAAUGACGACUCUGAAUCUUCCAAACCUCCGACUCGGUCUCCGACUAGGUUUUCGUUGAGGAUGCUACUGGGAGAAGAACGGGACUCUCCGUCGUCGGAGGCAGAGGAGCUAGACCGAGUUCCGCCGGGAAAUUACAGUGUUUGGACUUCAAAAGAAGCUACGACGGGGGAAUCGCCGGAAUCAUGCAAGGAGAGCAAUUCGACUGGCUCGUCCAAACGGUGGAAGUUUCGAGACCUGCUUCACCGAAGCAAUAGCAACGGCAAGGACACUUUCGUCUUUUUCACUCCUUCAACUCUCAAUUCGAAGAAGAAAGACGAAAAAACUGACUCGAUAGACGCCGGAAAAAUGAAGGCGAAGAAAAUCACCGGCCGUGAAGAGCUGAUGGCAGCUCAGUACACAAGAAACAGCAGAUUGAUGAAGGAAGGUGAGAGAAAGCGAUCAUUUUUGCCUUACCGGCAAGAUCUUGUGGGAUUCUUCGCUACUGUGAACGGGCUGAUGACCAAAAAUCUACCGACUUCCUGA